AUGUCAAAAAGACGUUUCUUAUCAUUGAUAGUGCAGUUUCGAUCGUGCCGCAUCAAAGAAACCCGGUUACUUUCUCUCGCCACCAUGGAACAGAAGACUAAUUUGAAACAAGACCCAGCUUACCAAAAACUUCAAGACUUCUAUGGCUUGAAUUCUGAGAAGAUCAACAUUCAACAACUUUUCCAACAAGACCCGGACCGGUUCAAUAAGUUCAGCCUCCGCAUACCAACUCCAAAUGAUGGUGAAAUCCUGCUGGACUAUUCCAAGAACCGCGUGGACGGUGCCGUCAUGGCGCUGCUCCACAACCUGGCAAGGAACCGCGGCGUCGAGAAAGCCAGGGAUGCCAUGUUCUCAGGCCAGAAGAUAAACUUCACGGAAGACCGUGCGGUGCUGCACAUUGCGCUGCGCAACCGCCAGAACCGGCCCAUCGAGGUGGCCGGGAAGGAUGUCAUGCCCGACGUCAACGCGGUCCUGGCGCACAUGAAGGAGUUCAGUCAGCAGGUCAUCUCCGGGGAGUGGAAGGGGUACACUGGCAAGCAGAUCACUGACGUGAUCAACAUCGGUAUCGGCGGCUCAGACCUGGGUCCGCUCAUGGUCACCGAAGCGCUGAAACCCUACGCCAACCAUCUGAAGGUACACUUCGUGUCGAAUAUCGACGGCACCCACUUGGCCGAGGUUCUCAAGAAGUUAAACCCGGAGACGGCGCUGUUCAUCAUCGCCUCCAAGACCUUCACCACCCAGGAGACCAUAACUAAUGCCACUUCGGCCAAGACCUGGUUCCUUGAAGCUGCUAAGGAUCCGUCUGCGGUGGCGAAGCACUUCGUCGCGUUGUCCACGAACGGCGAGAAGGUGACGGCCUUCGGGAUCGACUCCAAGAACAUGUUCGGUUUCUGGGACUGGGUUGGUGGAAGGUAUUCCCUGUGGUCGGCGAUCGGUCUUUCCAUCUCCCUGUACGUCGGCUUCGAUAAUUUCGAGAAGCUUCUAGAAGGAGCCUUCUUCAUGGACCAGCAUUUCGCCACUGCGCCGUUGGAGCAGAAUGCGCCUGUGAUCCUGGCAUUGCUCGGAAUCUGGUACAGCAACUUCCACGGCGCGGAGACACACGCGCUUCUGCCCUACGACCAGUAUCUGCACAGAUUCGCGGCAUACUUCCAACAAGGCGACAUGGAGAGUAACGGCAAGUACGUGACGCGGUCUGGCCAGCAGGUGGACUACAGCACCGGGCCCAUCGUGUGGGGCGAGCCCGGCACCAACGGACAGCACGCCUUCUACCAGCUCAUACACCAGGGCACCAGACUGAUCCCCUGCGACUUCAUUGCGCCCGCGCAGACCCACAACUCCAUUUCUGGCGGCGUGCACCACAAGAUCCUGUUAGCCAACUUCCUCGCGCAGACCGAAGCCUUGAUGAAGGGCAAGACUGCUGAUGAGGCGAAGGCGGAGUUAGAGAAGUCCGGCAUGGCGCCGGAGGCUGUGGCCAAGAUCCUCCCGCACAAGGUGUUCAAGGGCAACCGGCCUACCAACUCCAUCGUCGUGAAGAAAGUCACGCCCUUCACUCUUGGCGCGCUUAUUGCAAUGUACGAGCACAAAAUCUUCACCCAAGGCGUGAUCUGGGACAUAAACUCGUUCGACCAGUGGGGCGUGGAGCUCGGUAAGCAGCUGGCGAAGGCUAUCGAGCCUGAACUCCAGGACAACAAGCCUGUCACCAGCCACGACGGCUCCACCAACGGGCUUAUUAACUUCUUGAAGCAAAACUUCUAAGCUAUACCCUCUUGCGUUAAUAGCAUGGUGCUGACAGCUGACAGAAUAAAUUAGUACAUUGUUUACCGUGAAAAUAGUGAUCGAUUACCAAGUAGGGUAGCCUUAAUAUAUCUGAGUUGGGAAUUUAUACUACACCUAAAAGGAAAAGGGCUAAAAUUGUUGUAACCCUUAUCCAUUUUCAUAUUGAAAAUUCGUAUAAUACAAUAUGGCGUCCGCGCGCAAUUGUCAUUGCUUUAAAUUUAUUCUUUUUAGUUUUUUUUAAAUACCAUUCAGCCACGUCACGCCUCCUACUAGUAACACAGCCACAAACCUGUUUGUAUUUUGACAUGUCCCAAAAUUUAAUUUUAGAAUGCGGAAUGGUAUUUAUUUUCAUAGGGGCUUAUUUUGACAUCACAGUAAUGUCGUACUUUCUGCCCCUUUAAAAAAAAUUUUUUGGGGCCGUCCAUUAAUCAUGUGAUAUUUUUUUUGGCAUUUUUAUCUUAUUAUUUUUUGGUCUCUCUUGCACUAGAUUGUAAUCUAUCUUUCGGUCCUGCUCUCAUAAGCACCAUGCUAGAGCGAACUUAGUUGGGAAAUGGUCUUUAUGUAAACGUUAUUUAGAAUGAAGAAUAAUGUAUUUUGGAACCUAACUCUCGAAGUAAGAUCUGAUUGUUUGCGUUUUAUUUUGGGCUCUAAGGUCGAUCGCACUUUGGUCGCUUUUUAGUUUCGUACGAAUUUAUCUCGCGAGAACGCGUACGAACUAGAGGUGCCGAUCGAUAGUUGAGCAAUAGUAAGAAUAUCGAUAAUUUAAUCGAUAGUGUUGAUAGUUACCGAUAUUAUCGAACCGCACAGAAACAGAACAAUCGAUAUUUAUUACGCGAUAUAAUAACCUCAAACUAACGAGUUUUGUAUCUGUGAGCAUCAACAGUAUUCCACUAUUUCCACUCCGACAAUGCUAAUGUCAGGUUUCGAGUUAUCGAUAGUUUUGUUAUUAUUAAUUCAGGUAGGUUUUCAAUUUUGGCAAAUAUUUCACAGAAUUUCCGACAUUUUUAUGUCAAAUCCUGUCUUAAUUAUUAUUUCUAAGGUUCCGCUUGUAUUUAAAUAUUGAAGACGUAACACUGCAGUAUUUUAAGACCAUAUUUUUCAAUAACUUAAACUUUAUUAUGCUAUACAUUCAAUAAUUUUUAGAGAUGCUUUUGUUAAUAAUGAAGUCGUUUCGUGUAUACUUUGAUAGCAAUGUACGUAUGUGUGGUAAGAGAUCAAAUUAUGAAAAUAUUUAUUUAUUAAUAAGAAAAAGUGGAAAAAAAGAAUUAAUAUCACUGCCUAAUGAAAAUUAUCGGCGAAAUAAAGGGCAUUGAACAUUUCACUAUGGAGGCUGGCAUAGCCUGGUGGCGCCACCUAGCGGAUUUUUUAAAACUGCGGCGCACGAUGAAACCUGUGCAUAUCGAUAGGGGGCACUUUUCUGAACAAAAAAGCUUUAAUGAACCUAUGCUCUAAAGCGUCACGUUUUCAAGAUAUUUAGCUUGAAAGUUCCGAAAAGUGUUGUAUGAACAAAUCGAUUUUACUUUUAUAUGCAAUUGGAAUAUAGUGACUAAGUGAUUAUGCAUGGAAUAUUAGUGUUUAAUAUACCACAUAUUUACUUUAUUGAAAAAUAAAUAAAUAGAAAAUAGGUAAAAUAAAUAUCUAUAACUUACUUUUAUGUGUAACUUAAAAGAAAUCCAUAAACGCGUCGUGAGAUGUACAGCUCAUGACUUAUUCUCGUGGUAAUCACGCUCAAAGUUAUUUGCUAUGAUUGUCUAACAAUUUCACACUUUUAGAGUUUUUAUGUUUAUUCAAUGAAAGGCAGCUUAAAUGUCUAAUCACAGUGAAAGCAGGUGGGGUGUGAAAAUUCGCUUUUAGGACUACUUUACUUUACAGCAGUGUAUGGAACAUACCUAGUUCGUAUAGACACACCAACGGGGUGUGUGCCUUCAAUGCAACGGGACCUUAAGCUGUUUAGUUCAUAACAAUCAUAUUACAUGAACACAUUGUUCAAUUAUUCAUCGAUUUUCUUAGUUGUGUUUUUAUAAGUAUGAAAUAAAACAUCGUAAAAGUAGUCAUAUAGUUAUUUAUAUUUUGCUUAAAAUGAAAUCAAUACUAAUUGUUAUUGAAUACAUACAGUGUAUAUACUUAUAACAAAUAGGCUUUUUUUAUACAAAUUCGUACCUAUUAGGAUAAUGAAUAUCAGUCUUCUUGAAUAAUCAAUCUUCUUCUUCAUCAGAAAUAAUAACUUGAUCUAAAAAGGCAGCAGGGGGUUGAAUUGCUUGGUGCCGAGCCCAUCCCAUAUACCAAACUAUGCACAUGACAUGAGCACAGCACCCGAGUGUCCGUUUUCCAACUAUACAGCUGCAAUAGUGACCGACAAGUUUAUUUCUGUUUUUCAAACUAUUAUUUAGCAAGAUAUAUACAAAAUAAAUUCUGUUGCUCUGGUGCCUCGAGAGUAUUUUAGCUCUUGUCAGCCAAGGAUCACAAACUACUAUGUUGUAUUGAUUUAAAUUAUAGUCAACUUCAAAAUCUUCAUACACUUCAAUGAAAAACGUUCCGUUUUCUUUUAGGUGUUCGCCAUAGUAGCUUACCACAUUAUCAACAGAUCCUCAUAUGAUAAGAUGGGAAACUGUUGAAAGCCUUCACUUGAGUUCAUAGCUUGGAAAGCGGCUCUGCGUUGAUUUAAAUUGUUUUGUAUUACAAACUCGCACAGAUAGUUUGGGGCGUCGUGCUUAAGGUAUAUAUCGUUGAUUAUUUCAUUUACGAGUGGGUGAUCUGUCACCCGUUUUCCAAAGGCAUUUAUUAGGGCGCAAGCAAUCCUCACUUCCUCUUUUAAAUGUGGCAUAUUCGGUAUUGCGUAGUUAGCUGGAAACGAUAAGAAUACUGUUCCAUCAAUAAUGAAGUAAGUACGUCACAUUUAGACUGCGUUUCCACCAGUAACAUGCUAGAUGCUACGUUGCAUACCCUACAAUCGGGUUCAUUGUGCCGAUCAGAAUCAGACCCAAUUAUCUGAUUGGUGGAUAUUAAACCUAGCAACGUAGCACAUGUCAGAUGAAAAAACAGCCUUACCGUUGUGCUUGCAUUAAUAUGAACUGAUUACUCUCUACUGUUACAAAAAAUGCAAAUAUCAUUUAUUAUACAUAAUUAAGUGGUAAUAGUUGGCUAUAAAAUCUAUUGAAAGCGUAAGUCUGGUACACAAGUGAUACGCUUGGCGUAAGAGCUAUCUCUGGCUAAUUAUAAUAGAGAUAAGUUGACGACUUUCUGUUAAAAAUGUUUUGCGUUGAUUACACUCCGUCUAAGACGCUACAUAAUGAGAGCUUCGAUAAAGUAGGAUAUAUAUUAUUUUCAUACACGAAUUUUUUUUCAUA